AUGUCCGGUCGACCUGGACUCACGGAGAAGCGUUUGUCGGCCCAUCGCUUUCAACCGCUUCCGGAUUACUCAAAUGAUACCAUGAUGGCCAGUCCACACGACGUGACGAUUGAUAUUCCCCUGACCAAUGUCCCCAGUCGCACUCCGACGGGGGCGCGGAGGGGGAGUGCACACACGGCCACUUCUCCAGCGGCCUACCACCCUCCCCUUGACGAUGUUCACACCAACACCAGCGAGAAGGCUGGUUUGGUCGCCGGUACUGGUCCUGGCCGUCGCAAGAGAACCGUUGACGACUCGACCGGCCGUUCGCUCGAGGAUCCCGAAGAUGGCACUCUUACGCGGAUGGGGAAGAUUUACCAGGCCAUCCUCAACUUCUCCAUCGUUACCAGGUACAUUAUCUAUGUCACCCCGAUCGCGCUCUUGAUUGCGAUCCCAAUCAUUGUGGGCGCCACGGUUGCGGAAGAUGCGAGAAUUGGCGGCGUGACACUGCCUUGGUUCUUUGCCUGGAUUGAGGUGGUCUGGUUGAGUUUGUGGAUCUGCAAAAUCAUCGCUCAUUUCCUGCCAUACCUGUUUCAGUUCCUCUGUGGAAUUGUCAGCCCGGGCACUCGCAAGUAUGCUCUCAUCCUGCGCGCACUGGAACUGCCCAUCGCGACGGUCUUCUGGACCAUUGUCUCGUUGGUCACUUUCCUUCCGGUCAUGACCUAUAACCCCGAGAAGAAGCGGACCGGCGAUACUUCCACCAAGCCAUGGGAAAAGUCCGUCAAGAAUAUCCUGUUCGCUUUGUUUGUCUGUAGCUUGAUUCUGUUGGCGGAGAAAUUCCUGGUCCAGCUCAUCUCCAUCAGCUACCACCGAAAGCAAUUCGACUUGAAGAUCAAGGAGUCGAAGCGGAACAUUGAACUGAUCGGUCAGCUGUACGACGCCUCCCGCAACAUGUUCCCCAUGUACUGCAAGGAGUUCCGGGAGGAGGAUCUGAUCAUUUCCGAUUCGCUCUUGACUGCAGCCACCGCGAAGGGACCCAUCCACUCCCGCUCCAGCUCCUCGAUGCCCCUCAGGCUGAUUCGCAAUGUCGGCCAUAACGUGGGUCGAUUUGGUGACCGAGUUACCGCCGCUUUUGGUGGGGUCGCCCACGAGAUCACCGGCAAGGAAGUGUUUAACCCCACCUCCGUGCGCGGUAUUGUCACCCAGGCCCUGGAGCGCCGAAAGGCCGCCGAAGCUUUGGCGCGCCGAAUCUGGAUGUCUUUUGUCAUUGAGGGCAGGGAUGCCCUAUACCCGGACGACAUCGCCGAGGUCUUGGGAGCCGGCAAAGAGAUGAUCGCGGAGGAAUGUUUCCAUAUGCUCGAUCGCGACGGCAACGGUGAUAUCAGCCUGGACGAGAUGGUGAUGGUUGUUGGGGAGAUUGGUCGCAACCGAAAGGCCCUCAACAACAGCAUGUACGAUGUCGACCAGGCCAUCCAUGUCUUGGACAACCUGCUGCUGACCGUUGCCGGUAUUAUCGCGGUGCUGGUUUUCAUUUCGUUUGUGACCAGCGGUUUCGGCACCGUCAUCGCUGCUGGCGCUACUUCCCUUCUCUCUCUCAGUUUCGUAUUCGCGACGACCGCCCAGGAAGUCCUGGGCUCGUGCAUCUUCCUGUUCGUCAAGCAUCCCUUUGAUAUCGGUGACCGCGUCGAGAUUAGCGACAAGGAUUACAUCGUCGAGCGCAUUUCGCUGCUGUACACCGUCUUCAAGUCGGUGACGGAUCAGCGCGUGACUCAGGUGCCCAACGUUGUCCUCAACACUCUCUGGGUUGACAACUUCACGCGUUCCAACGCCAUGCAUGAAACACUCAAGAUUCCCGUCAGCUUCGACACUACAUUUGCCGACAUCCAGCUCCUCCGCGAUGAGAUGGAAAGAUUCGUCCGUGACAAGGAGAAUUACCGUGACUUCCAGCCGGAUGUCGACCUGGACGUGGUCGGGGUCGGCGACAUGGACAAGCUGGAGCUGACCGUCAGCAUCCGCCAUAAAUCCAACUGGGCUAACGAGUCGAUCCGUGCCAUGCGUCGGUCCAAAUUCAUGUGUGCCUUGGUCAGCGCCGUGCGCAAGAUUCCCAUCCGCGCUCCUGGUGCUGCUGCGGAAGACGCCGCCGGCGACAGCGAGAACAAGGACGACAAGGACGACACCAAUGACAAGCCUCACAAGCCUGACGCCGAUAACGCAGAGCAGAACAACAUCACGCGGACCGCCUCCGGCCGGCAGCGCGCAGCAGCGGCCGGGACGACCGCGGAUGCAGCCGCCCAGGAACAGGCUCGAUCAACCGGCUUCAGCGCCAGCCAGUCAUCCGGCACGCUACAACGCCGCGGCGGCUCUUCAUCCACCGACUCGGGCUACUUGGAACGCUCCGCCAGUCGCACCGCGAACGAAGUGGACAACUACCAGACCCCCGCCGCCUCGCCCAACCAGAACCGCCAACUCAGCGUCAACUACGGCAAUCUCGGCCGUGAACCGUCCACCGGCCGCCGCAGGGCAGGUGCCAGCACCACCGACCAGCAAGUUGCCCAGCCGUCCCCCACCGCAGGCGGAGUCCCCAUCAUCGCAGAGCCCGUGCCCCCUCUUCCUCGCCAGCAGCCGCCGGCAGCCCCUGCAUCACAGGGGAUCCCCUCGGAGUACCCCUCGUAUCCCAGCAUGUCCAACUACGAAGGUAGUCUCUACGGAUCUCAUAGCCAGGAGACGGCGUACGAUCCGGAGCAGGCGCUCGAGCUCCCGUCGGUGACAGAGCACUCCGAGUCUGACCCUUGCCGAAGGUUCCCGGGUUCGCCGGGGGUGCAACAGCGCUACCCCGAUGACCAUUCCAGGAACUGGAAUCAGUCUCGGCCGCCCUACGGAGGCCAAUAA